AUGUACUGUAGUAGUAGUCGGAUGCCCAUACUACACUACACACUACACUACUACACCCCCCCCUCGUCCAGCCAACAUCCAGCCCGCGGCGCACGGGGCCCCCAUGGUGGCUUCACCAAGCCCUUCCGUGUGCAUUGCCGUAAUUUACUCGUUGACAAAGCCCUCCGCUCGCGCGCUAUGCCCCCUUGGUCGCCAGGCAAUCGCAUGGCGCCUACCGUGUGCGUUGGCUCCUCAAUGCGAAAUGACAUAUGCCGGCCAGGGCCCCGUUUCCACUCGUCGACCGAUGCGAUGCUGGCUCUGGCUGCUUGUGCUACUGCUGGCUGCGCUGACGGCCCUGGUCCGCUGCACUGCACUCGCUCCCACUCCACGCGACAGACGCAGACCGACGACACACUACUUACUCUGUCUGUCCGCUUGUCUUGCCUGUCCAUGUACACAUCCCCCCCCUCUCUCUCCCAUGCUGCUAUUGCUGCUGCCGCCAGCACUCCCCUGCGUUUGUGCGCCGGAUCGGAGACGAGGUUCCACCCCGCCAAUUCGCCUCGUCGCUAUGCCUGCCUGCCCACCCCAUCGGCCUGUCCUGUGCCCACCCACCAAUCCCACAGCCGGCCGUUGGCGCCCUCUCGCUUGCCCUUAGCCAGCCUCGCUGCCUGCCCGCUACCCGCCUACUCGGAUUCACCUUAA